GGAUGAGCAAACGUCACCGGAUACCACGCAAAGGAGCAAAGCGACAUCUGCAACAGUACCGAGAAGCAAAAGCAGCGACCUCUUACGAUCUAACAACAAGAAAGAAUCGUCGGACAUCAAGAUUUCUCGAUUUAAUAGCUUAAAGCAAUGGGGAAAGAACCAGUACGACAAAUUUUUAAAUAAAAGCAACGAAAAGAACGAAAAUGUUUCUACCAGUAGUGGCGGGGGAAGUAAAACGAAAGUUUCUUUAUCGGAAGACGGAGUUGAUGACUUUAAUUUGUAUGACACAGUUACAAUGAAACGUAGAAGAGAUAUGGACAAGGAACGCAAAACUCACGAAAGAAAUUCUUCUAUAUCCAGUUCAGAGAAAUCUUUACCUGUUACUACUAGCACGCUCUCUUCGGUUAUGAACAUCGCUGUCAAAUUAAGGGAGAGUUCAUUGCAACGACGUCAAAGAAGAAACGGAACUAACAAAGACGAACCUCAUUCUUCCAGUGGUAACUGGAGCGCAAGUUCGGAAAGCGGCCGUGCUUCCAUUGGUUCCGAAAUAACAUCCACCACUCAUCCAAAGAGUACUACAUCUGCCGCAACUUCUAGCAAUUCUCUUAAUCUACAUCCUCCAAGUUCCGUAAACUCACGACGCAGAUUCAACUUCAACACUUCCACGUCGAGCAGCGUAACCAGCGAAGGUAGCACCUUAACUCCAGAUAUUAUCCAUGAUUUACACGAAGACGGUGAUUCGGUCUACUCUUGCGAUACUGAGGGCUAUUACACCUCCUUCCAUAUGGAUAGUGGUCUAAAGACUCUGAAAGAAGAAGAACUUCCAUCAACCCCGUUACAAAGCACUUCGGCGUUCUGUAAUUCUGAUUCGAACAAUACUGUGAUGUCGGCUGAAAAUGAAUACGAACUUUUCGGUAAAGGUAGUACGUCCACAACUACAAGUUCGGCUGGAACCGUAUGUACUACCCUCAGGGCAGCUGAAAGUAAUAGAAGUUUAGUUAUAGGUCCAGCAGUGCCAGAAAGAAAGAGUUCUCUGUCGAAAUUAUCAAAUAAAUCAAGCAAGAGUCCUGAAAGCUCGCUGGGACGAGAUUAUGUAGAUAAAACUGGUACUAUAAAACGCAGUCCCGCUACCUCUCAUACAAAACCAGCUAUAGUAGGUCUAAUUCAGAAAAAAGACAGCAGUGGGGAUGUUUCUCCAGACAGUGGACACAAUACCUCGAGUUCGCCUAUUGAGAGUGUUUCUAGUCCCAACGGUAUUCGUAGCGGUUCAGAUUUCGAGUUUUCCGAAAGCUCUGAUAUGGAAGGGCCGGAAAGAACUGAAAGAAUCAGAGUAAAGACUACCAUAAACUCAAGUAGGAUACCGUCGAUGUGCGCUAUAACUCCUCCUCACAGCGAUGAUGAAAGCUCAAGUAACUCAUCCUACAAGAAACAUAUCGAGGCUAACAAUUUAAGAAAUAGUUUAGAAAACGAGAAGGAACUCGAUAAAGAAAAUGGAAACAUAAAUAUAAAUCAAAGAAUUAUAAGUACAAAUGUAAACGGUACACAAAAAUUGUCAUUAGUCAAUGUAAAUACUCAAUCAGGAUAUGCUACAGUAGAAAAUCUGGACGAAGGUGUAACAGCCUCGCAAAUUAAGGUUUCUGCUACCACAAUUAGAGCUCCGUCUCCUAGUGGAGGUAGCGUAAUAGUAAAAUCAGAAACUGACAGUGUUACAAAGACUUCGUCCCAGCCUUUGAUCAAGUCCAGUUUACUACCUUUAAACAACAUGUUUGGAAGAAUUAAAUCAAAUCUAACUAGCUUAGGUCUGAGCAGGCGAGAUAGAAGCAAAAGUCCAAAUAAUGUUAAAACUGAACCCGUUUCUGAUUCUAUGGACGAGUAUGUUACUUUAGCAGACGUACGAAAUAAUAACGAGAAGUAUUCCGUUGAGGAAAUUACCUAUGCUAAUGACGCAGUGAACAAAAAUUUAAACACAGUAUUAAGCGGAAAAGUAAGAGACGCCGAGUAUGUGUCUCUUAACGAGCUACCCAACAGUGAUAAUAAUAACGCAAUGAUGGGAGCAGAUUCGUCAUUGGAAAGAAAAAAGAGACAAGGUGCCAGAGUAAUGCUAGAUGCUGAAGGAAAAGUAGUAUACAGCUCUGACAGUUUAAGAAGACGUAAACCUCCUAGCACCUUUGAACCGGGACCUUUUGUGAAACUCUCCACUCAAGCCAGUCCCAGAUCCAGCCCUCAGAUGCACAGAACACUCAAAAACAUCCGUCCGAUAGCUUCCAGCCAGGACCAGAUGAAGCUGAACGUUCCUCAAGCUGAAUUUUACCGUCCGAUGUCGCCUACCUCAGGAAACAAAGUCAUUAUUAAGGCUUCGGGCAAUCCGCCCGAGGUAAUCCGAUCUCCGUCCACCGUGGUUCAACCUGCCAGUCCCAAAAUGAGACCCUUGAGCCCGAAGGGUGCCUACGUUCACGUGCAAGCACCCGGAGGUCCACUGUCGCCGAAAGAACCCAGAGAAGGCGUCACACCUCCCAUAUCAUCUUCAACAAGUCCCACACUUGGUCGUUACCAAACCCAAGAAGAAAUGUUCAGCUACGCUAACAACGAGGCCUAUUACGCUUCACCUCAGAGUUAUUAUCAAGGUGGUAAUUUUUACUCAACAUUACCAACUAAGAAAACCCAAUAUUUCGCCUGCGAAAUACCCCAAGAACGAAGCGUGACGCCUGAUAUAACUAGAGGCCUAGAAAGAGGAAACAGUUCAUUUUCCCAUGGCAGUACCUUCAAAGAUGACCAAAACUUAGUCUGCUACGGCCAUCAGGUGGGGAUACCUGUAGCACGAGAGUACAAUGCGAGUCCUGUUUACAAGGAUCAAUAUUCCUCUAGAAUAGCGUCGUAUAGUGAUAGAGACGAUUCACUCAAAAUAUCCCCCAUUGAUCCCAUCCGACAUUCUGGAGGUUUAAAAACGUCGACGCCGUCCCAAUUGAAGGUCUCAAGUAAUUUGGAAAGCAAAUUAUUAUCUCCCAAACGUAGCGCCAUGUCCAACGAUGAAUUAUAUGCAGUGAUUCAUAAAACCAAGAAGAAACUAAAUAUCGAAGACGACCUAAACAGAAUGUCACCUUCGCUUGUUGCCCAAGUGGAACCUGAAACAAGUACACCAAAGAAAGUUAGUGUCGAAACUGGAUACAUCGGAUCCAGACAAAGUUGGUCACCUUCGAAAGGAGAGUAUAUCGACUUCAAUUCCGAUAUCGAUAAAUUCUCUCCCAUAAAUGAACCGAAGAAUCGGCAAAGUUGGGCUUGCAGUGACAGAAAAGGCACUAAGAAAACUUCAACGCUGGAUUUUAAAAGAUUACUAUUGCAAAAAAGCAGCUCUUUAUCGGGAAAUAAGAAAAUGUCAGCCGUGGAACAACUCAAACUUUCCAAACAACAGAUGCACCAGAAAGCGCCAAACGAGAAUAAUAAACCUUACAAUAACACCGGCGAUAUGACUAUUCUAGAUUUAAGUGCCUCUCCUAGAAGUUUAGUAAAUCGAAGACUAUUAAGCAAUCCUCCUAGCAGUCCAGAAAGAUCAACUGUGAAACCGACGCCAAAAAUUUUAUCGCCCAGAUCACAGUGGAGGUUCCUUAAUCCACGAAGUGACGUUUUGUCUUCCACAAUACUAGAGGAUUGUAGGGAAGACGAUUCUGGCAGUAACGCUUCGAAAAGUUCGUUGGAAAAAAGAAAUGCGCAGAGUGUAAGAAGUUCCGUGGGGAGUCCGAAAUUCACGCCAGAAGAACAUUUGAGCAAACCUAUAGAUACAAAACAAAUUCAAAGUUCCUUAUGCCAAGAUGUUGACAAUAAUUCAAGUAACACUAAUACUAGUACUACUCGGUCUGAACCAAAACCUAAUAUAAAAUAUUCAUCAGUAAGUGAACGGCUUUAUGCUCAGAGAGCUCAAUUUUUUGGAACUACCGUUUCGACUGAAAAAAAGGAAACUACACCUAAAGUACCUCCUACUUUAGAAACUGCCUUUUAGAUUUUAAUUUAGUUUUAGUACGAUGUAAAUACUUGAAAGCCACUUUGAAACAAUUUAGAAAUGAAGUGAUAAAAGUGCAGCUGUUUGUAUAUUAAUAUUAAUUUAUUUUUUUAUUGUAUGAACUCGCAUUGCGACUAAAAGCUGCAUAUAGUUUAGUCGAGACGCACUAUUUCUUACUUCAUAGUAUUUUCUUUGGAUAAUAUUAGUUUAUUCGACUUUCGUUAAAGAUACUUCACAUUUCAACAAAUAUUUUUCUAGUCUUAGCCAUUUUUAUUAGUUUACUUAGGUAUUCUUAAUUUGUCUGUUUUAGCUAUGUACAAAGUUUUAAAAUAUUCAGGUUAUUUAUAAACAAAAGAACUUAAUAUAUUAC